GCGGGGCCGUAGCGGGCGCGGCGGGGGAACGAGAUGAGCAGCGCCGGCGCCGCUGCAAGAUGCUGGAUGGACACGUCCUGCUGGGAUGGCUCUCCUCCUGCGCGCUCCUAGGGCUGCUCGCCUGCGCCCCGCGGCCCUCCGCCGCCUACUUCGGGCUGACAGGGAACGAACCCCUGACCAUCCUCCCUCUGACCUCAGAAAUGGAGGAAGCUGCCGUCAAAGCCCACUACAAAGUCUGUGAUCGCCUGAAGCUGGAGAAGAAGCAGCGCAGGAUGUGCCGGCGGGACCCCGGCGUGGCUGAGACCUUGAUGGAGGCAAUCAGCAUGAGUGCACUGGAGUGCCAGUACCAGUUUCGCUUUGAGCGCUGGAACUGCACCCUUGAGGGUCGCUAUCGGGCCAGCUUGCUAAAGAGAGGUUUUAAAGAGACAGCCUUCUUGUAUGCCAUCUCCUCCGCCGGGCUGACACAUGCCAUGGCCAAGGCAUGCAGUGCAGGGCGGAUGGAGCGUUGCACCUGCGAUGAGGCCCCUGAUCUGGAGAACCGUGAGGCUUGGCAGUGGGGUGGCUGCGGUGACAACCUGAAAUACAGCAACAAGUUUGUCAAGGAGUUCCUGGGGAGGAAGCCCAACAAGGAUCUGCGAGCCAGGGUGGACUUCCACAAUAACCUUGUGGGCAUGAAGGUCAUCAAAGCUGGAGUGGAGACAACCUGUAAAUGCCAUGGUGUAUCCGGAUCCUGUACUGUUCGAACGUGCUGGAGGCAGCUCUCUCCAUUCCAUGAAAUAGGGAAGCAGCUGAAACAGAAGUACGAGACAUCGCUCAAAGUGGGCAGCACUACCAACGAGGCCACAGGAGAAGGAGACAUCUCCCCACCCAAGAAGUCCAUCCCUGGUCACAGUGAUCAAAUCCCAAGGACUACGGAUCUUGUCUACAUUGACGAUUCCCCAAGCUUCUGUAUGAUGAGUAGAUACUCACCUGGGACUUCGGGAAGGAAAUGUUACAAAGACAAGAACUGUGACAGCAUCUGCUGUGGGCGAGGGCACAAUACACAGAGUCGGGUGGUCACCCGUCCAUGCCAGUGCCAGGUCCGUUGGUGCUGCUAUGUGGAAUGCAAGCAAUGCACCCAGAGAGAAGAGGUUUAUACCUGCAAAGACUGACAUGUCUUCUGCUCAAUGGCAACCCUUGGUGACGGGUGAUGGCGAUCUAUAAGAACUGCAUAUGGAGACAAACAGGGUUUGAUUGACCUUCUGGGAUCUGAAAGCUAUGUUGAGACAUAAGCACUUUGUAGGGUACAGGUGACCCAGCUGUGUUGCUGUUUUGUUUUUGUUUUGUUUUGUUUUCCCGUAGACUGAAUUUUAAUGAGGUCCAACUUUGUGGAAAUAAGUGCCUGUCACACUGGGGUUAGACACCAGUUGACCUUCACCUUAGUCUACGCAGUUUGAUGGAUCAUUUAUCCUUGGAAUGUAUUGAUCGUUCCACCAACCCUCCAUGAACUCCUGGGUUAGUAUAUUCUCUUUAACCCAUACUACUUUAUUCCUGAAGCUUACCCAGCAGGUUAGAGAGAUAAGCAGCUAGGAAAGAAAAAUCUGCUUCAAACAUGAUGGUACAGGAAGUGGUCAUAUAUAUCCCCUUCUAAAACUGGAGAGAUGUGUGUAGGGUAAGCAGGAACAGGCCUGAUGGCUCCUUUAAGGGAGUUUCUGCACAUUGAGCAAAUAAGGCUCUGACAAAAAAGACCCACUGGGAGGGUUAGCUUCUAAUGACGGCUCCAUAUCCACAUGCAUUGAUCACCAAAUACAGCUCAAAAAAUGUUGGGUCCACCAUGUUACAAACAGAAAUAUAUCCAAGAAAGAGGUUGGGAAGACUAGAAAACCAGAUGUGCCUGUCCCCUUCAGUCCACUCACGUGUUCUUUUUCUACAACUGGUUUCUUCAAAUGCAGUUUCUUUAGCACUAUUGUCCUUUUUUUUUUUUUUAACAAAACCACUAGUUAUUUUUUAAAUUUUAUUUUCACUUUGUGCAUGAUUUAUUUUUCUGUCCUCUUUCCACCUCUUAUUGAUCAAAUUCACCCUGUGGCAACUGCUUCAGAAAUCUGAACUGGAACUUUCGAGUCUUAUGCCAGCUGAAUGUGGACACAUAUUUCUGAGUAGAACAAGAGAAAUUCAAGUGCAUCUUGGAACACAGUGGUGUCUUGCAUUUUAUAGCAGCCAUUUUGGACUGGAUCAGACCUCUGGAGGAGUUGACUUUUCUGUUACUAGGUCAUCAUUCCAUUUACUCUAAACCAUGGCAGUGGUACAUCCACAAGCUGUAUGUAAGCCCUAUGACCUUAAGUUUUUUCUUUUUUUUUUUUUUUUUUUUAACCACUAGAUUGAGGACUGUAUUUAAAGAGUACAACUGCUAAAUGGUAACUAACUCUUGGAUUCUGAACAACCAAUCGACACAAAGACAAACUGUCAAGUGGCCAGAGAAGCCACAAAUUGACUGCAGUUGUAGAUGGCUCUGAUGCUGUGAAAUAGAUGGCAACCAUCAGUGUUUCUUCUUUUGUUUGAAGAGGAUACUUACAAUCCAGGACUUGAUGCAACAAUGUUCUUCAGUCAUAUAAAAGUAGAUUGGAAGCAGCCAGUGGAUGCCUCAAAGAAGUUUUCUAAGGAAACAUUGGAGAGCAGAGGGCAUUUUGUUCUAUUUUUGGUAGCAAUUUUUGACUGUCCAGUAGUAGCAAUUUCCACCAGUUCUAUGUAAACCAUUGAUCUGGUUCUCAAAAGAGGAAAGCUGGCUGGAGUUCUUCAACUGGUAGUAAAUGUUAGCCAAGCAGAAAGAGAGCAGUUUUCCAAGAUGGACCAUUAUAUUUCAAGGUGGUUUUAAUUUUCCUUUUUUUUUUUUUUUUCUCCCAAAAUAGUAGCCACUAAUAUUUAAGCUGUUCAUGUGCAUCUACUGGGAGGAGAAAAGAUAUGUUUAACAGAUACCUGCAGUCCAGCCUGGCUUGUUGGCAUGAAAUCUUGAGGUGUGAGCAUGGGGAUGGACAGGAUGGUAUUGUUAAUAGCGCUAAGGUCCUGCAAAGUGAAGUUGCUGUCUCUUUUUUUGCUGUUUGCUUAUUUGCUGUACAAUUCUGGAGGCUGGGGUAGUGCUGGAAAAGGAGGAACCCACAUAUGGUGUCUGUCCCUUCCACAGCAGCAAAUGUGCAGCAGUGCAUUCAAUGCAGGGAGUUUGCAAGAAGGUCUCACAGCUUCUGGGAGAUGCACAGCUUUGAGAGUCACCCACACGCAGUUUAUCUAAAUGGUUCAAAAAAUAAACUGACUAGAAACCUAUUAUUCAGCAUGUGUGUGUAUAUACACACACAUGCCUUCACAAAAAAAAAUAUAUAUAAAUAUUGAAUGAACAUUUAUUUAUUUUAAAGCCCUUCAGAAGGACCUAGUAAAUGGUUUUAAUGUGGUAUUAUGUUAAAUUGUUUCUCCCCCUGUCUCUCACACAUAUGUGCAAAGUCACUGUUACAUUUUCGUGUGUGUGAUAGAAUAGCUCUUCCCCUCCAAAGUAAAGCCAGAUCCAAACUUGCUCAAAAUAUGAGGAUUUUGGGGUCUGAAUUACUAUUUCUGGCUCCACUCUUUAAAAAAAAAAAAAAAAGUUCUUAAUUAAAGAAUCAACCACAACUUAUGUGCAUUAUUAUUACUAAUUAUUGUUAUAUUUAAACCAUGGGCCUCAUUUUCCUUCUUUUCACUUGUGUCUCUGUCUCCAUUGACCUCGCUGGAGUAACUCCACAUUGCACUGGUGUGAGAGGAGAAUAAGUCCCUAGAUGUAGAAGAGAAGGCAUUGUGGGCAUAAAUAUUGUUGUGAAGAAAAUGCCUGGGUCAGAUGGGAUAGGGUAGCUUGGUGUGUUUGGCAGCGGGGGGGAGAGAGAAAUGGGUGGGCAAUAAGACAGACUGUCAAAGCUUGACUAGAGGAAGGCAGCAAAGAGUGAAUGAACUACUGAGUGAAAGAGCUCUUCUGUGUAUUAUAACUCACGCACUGAAGCCUGGAUGCUUUCUGUAAGUAUUUAAAAAAAAAACAAAA